AACAUGGCAGGAAGGAGCGGGCUGUACAGUAGUUAGCUCAUGAGGUGUUAAAACUGCUACGUUACAUCAGUUUAAUAAGAAAAUAAGCAUUGUUUGCCUUCAACGGCAGACGUGUUUAUUGGCUUAUUAAAACACAAUUUACGUUUAUUACUGUUUAAUGUCCAGCAUUGUUAUAAAGGUGUCGAGAAAGAUGUGCCGCUAACGUUAGCUCAAAAAUGCUAAUGAUUGCAACUUGCUAACUUGGCUAACAAGUAAACAUGCUGCAUCAACUAUACACAUAGAGGUGACUGAAAGACAGCGUGGUGUGAGGAUCCGUACUUUUGGGCCCGUACAGCACUGCAGGGAUGAAGAAGUGGAACAGGCGAGAAGGACAGCGACCGCACAGGCGACAAGGUGCUGGUCAACGCCACGGCUGGUUCAGAGACAACCGGCGAAGAUCAACGCAGGACGAGCAGUGGUCCGAUGCAGGGCCAUCAAUAAGAGCAUCUCAGAGGAGAUAUGAAAACCAUUCCGUCUCUUCCUCUUCCUCAUCCCCCUCAUCUUCAUCUUCUUCCUCCUCCAUGGCCAGCAGUGCUGCACCAGAGCUGCCUGGUUUCUACUUUGACCCAGAGAAAAAUCGUUAUUUCCGCCUGUUGCCCGGACACAACAACUGUAACCCGCUGACCAGAGAGCAGUUGCAGGAGAAAGAGAGAGAGAAAGAGAGAAACAAGAUGCUGGCGGAGGAUGAAAAGCCCAGAAAAAAAGCACCAAGAAGAGGACUGAACACUUCACUGCUGCUUCAGAGAAGACACCUUGGCCUGUUACCUGAGAACUCAUAUUGCAGGCUGGUCCAUGAGGUGAAGGUCAGUGGGAUGAGACGCCACAAACUAGAGAUCCAGAGCACGGACAACAGCAACCCCAAUACUGACAACUUCAGGCUCAUAGUGGGGGACUCAGCAUGCGAGCGAGUGUUCACAGUCAACGAUGUCUCGCACGGAGGCUGCAAGUACGGCAUCAUGAACUUCAGCAGCAGCAGCCGGGGAUCGCUUUCUGUGGAAAUGUGCGACAACCUCUACUUCACCAACCGCAAGGUGAAUUCCAUCUGCUGGGCCUCAGUCAACUACCCAGACUCCCACGUCUUACUGUGUCUGGUAGGAGUGGCAGACACACCUGGCUGCGUCAGUUUACUUCCUGCUUCCCUCUUCAGCAACUCCAACCCAGAGCAGCCCGGGAUGCUGUGUAGUUUUAAGAUAUCCUCUGCCUGGUCUUGUGCUUGGUGUCUCAACCCCCAGUUUGACAAGACCUUCAGCACUGGCCUGUCUCGCAGGGUGAUAGUGAAAGAUGCAGAGACGGGACGAACGCAGACGUACAGCACUGGCAGCGACGUCUUGGCUCAGCAGUUUGCCCUUAGGGUCCCUGUGCUGUUUAAUGGCUGCCGAUCGGGGGAGAUCUUUAGCAUUGACCUGCGGCAGCGUGGCCGCAGGGAUCAAAGCUGGAAGACCAGCCGCUUCCAUCAAGAAUCAGCCAUCACCUCCGUACACGUCCUGCAGGACGAGAACUACCUGCUUGCUGCUGACAUGUUGGGCCAGAUUAAGCUGUGGGAUGUGCGUGUGACAAAGCCAGUGCAGGAGUACAAAGGGCACUACAAUGAGCAUGCCUACCUCCCCAUCCACGUCAAUGAGCCCGAGGGGCUUUUGUUGGCAGUUGGUCAGGAUUGCUACACAAGGUUAUGGAGCCUAAAAGACGGCCACCUACUGAGGACUAUCCCAUCACCCCACCCGGCCGCAAACGACCUGAUCCCGAGUGUUGUCUUCUCCUCCAAGUUGGGUGGCUGCAGGGGGCUCCCGGGCCUACUCAUGGCCGUCAAACACGACCUUUACUACUUCCCGUACAACACAGAUUACCAGGAAGGAGGAGAGCAGCAGGCUGGCUUUUAGGAAAAGACUGAACAUUUAUCUUCUCACAAAUAAUUUCUUCAAACAAUGACAGCAUAAUUUUUUUGCCAAACGUAUGAAUGGGGUUAUAUUCAUAUAUACAAAGCAUAAGUAUUGUAUAAUUGAAGAAGUUUGGCAAGAAUGCAGUUCAUUUCCACAUGGUUGUACUGAACGUUUGAUUGGGAAGAUGACCUCGGAAGAGUUGCAGUGAAAUCUCAGGGGAAUGUUAUUUUUGACAGACUUGUUUGUGCCAACAGGAAACGCAUGCCACAUAUGAGUCCAACAGUUACUCAAGUUAGGACAAUGCUUUCUGUAACCUUUACAAAAAAAGUGCACUUACUUAUGACAUGAUUGACUAAUUUAGGAUGCCUCCCAUCUGAAUUUGAAAGACAAUACAGCACAUCUACUAUAAAUCGACACAUUUUAUAAUUUAAAUAAAUCACUAAAACACUGA